AUGGAAUCUAUGACAACAUGCAUCAAGUUUUCAAGUGAUGGAAAUGCGAUUGCAGUUGGCCUUCCACACUCAGCAAAUGUCUAUAGUACUAAUCCAUUAAAGAGAAUCUAUAGUAAAGAAUUUGUCAAUUUUACAAUUAGUAACAUUGCAUACUCAACAGAAAACAAUAUAUGUGCUGUUUCAUGCUAUCCUAUGGUUGGUGAUAAAUUAAAACGAAAAAUUUAUUUAAUUAACAUACAAACAGGAGCUGUUGACGAAAAACUCGAAUUUUACGAUGAAAUUACGAAUAUCAUAAUACUAAAGGACUAUAUUCUUAUUAUAUUAACCAAAAUGAUCUGCCUGUAUGAUUUAAACCUCAAUUCUCCGAAAUUUAAUACAAUUACAAGCCAAAAUACAAACGGAGCAGGGGAUAUUAUUGUUACUGAACAAGCUCAGAAAAUGGCUAUUUGUGGAUUGAAAGACGGAGAUAUGAAAAUUAUGACGAUUCAAAAAGAACAAGAUCCUAUUAUUGUCAAAGCGCAUCAACACCCAAUUACAAAUAUUAAAUUUAACAAAGAUGCUACAUAUAUUAUUACUUCUGGCCAAACCGGAACGAUAAUUCAUCUUUUUGACGCCAAUACAGGAUCAUUACUUGGUCUUUAUCGUCGUGGAACUCUUCCACAAAACAUUCUUUCCAUUGCUUUUGCUUCUGAUAGCAGUAGAAUUGCAGCUUUGAGUGCUUCAGGAACCUUGCACAUGUUUGACGCUUCUGUGAGGAUAACUGAUCCUAUGGAAAGUCCUCGUGCAGUUGCAACUUUAAAGCUUGAUCAAUGUCAGCAAGCGAAAAUAUUAUUCAAUCAUGAUCAACUGUUUGUUCUGUUUUCGACAGGGCAUAUGUAUAUUUUUAAGUCCACCCAUGAGAAUAUUCUAGAAUACUCUUCCAAAGUGUUUGUAUUAGCUCAUUAA